CGCUUUGCUUGCUAUCAAUGAAUAGCUUGUCUUUGCUUUGUCUUUCAUAGGAACUUGGCAGACUCCGGAGACCUGAGCAAUCGCUGCUACAGGAGGAAAGACCUUGAUUUUUAUCUGAAUUAGUUUACAAUUAAAUGGCUGAUAAACAAAUUAGUUUGCCUGCCAAGCUGAUAAAUGGAGGAAUAGCUGGACUGAUUGGGGUAACCUGUGUCUUUCCCAUUGACUUGGCUAAGACUCGUCUACAGAACCAGCAAAAUGGCCAACGAAUGUACACCAGCAUGUCAGACUGCCUUAUUAAAACAAUACGUUCAGAAGGAUAUUUUGGCAUGUACAGAGGUGCAGCUGUAAAUUUAACCCUUGUUACACCAGAGAAGGCAAUCAAGUUAGCAGCAAAUGACUUCUUUAGACAGGCUCUAUCCAAAGAUGGGAAGCUGACACUGUUUAAGGAGAUGCUGGCUGGAUGUGGUGCUGGCACAUGCCAAGUAAUUGUUACCACCCCUAUGGAGAUGCUGAAAAUCCAGCUGCAAGAUGCAGGAAGAUUGGCUGCUCAGAAGAAAAUCAUGGCCGGACAAGCAGGAGCAAACAGUGGAGCAGCAGAGGCCAGUCUGGCACGGCCUACAGCCAUUGCAAUCUCCCGGGAACUACUGAGGAGUAAAGGGAUAGCUGGAUUGUACAAAGGUCUGGGAGCUACUCUUUUAAGGGAUGUACCAUUUUCAAUAAUAUAUUUCCCCCUCUUUGCCAACUUGAACAAACUUGGUCAGAAAACUCCAGAUGAGAAAUCUCCCUUCUUUGUGUCUUUCCUUGCUGGCUGUGCAGCAGGGAGCACUGCUGCUGUUGCUGUUAAUCCAUGUGAUGUGAUUAAAACAAGAUUACAAACAUUGCAGCGAGGAGUAAAUGAAGAUACUUACUCAGGAAUCAUAGACUGUGCCAGGAAGAUCUGGAGGAGCGAGGGUCCCGCUGCCUUCCUGAAGGGGGCGUACUGCAGAGCCCUGGUUAUUGCUCCACUUUUUGGCAUUGCACAAGUCAUCUAUUUUGUAGGCAUUGGUGAAUUUAUCCUGGGCUUCUUACCCUCCAAGCGUGAUUAACGACAACCUUCAGUCACCUUCUUUUAGCAACACCCUAACUUCAGCUCUUCUUGCCACACAGCCCACGUGUGGACACUUCCUGGCCCUGCCUUUUGUCACUUGUGGGUUCAUAAGCUGGAAGACCUUCUUUCACAAGUGCGAUCUGUCCUGAAUACCUGCAGAGCCUUGCAGCUAGUUAGGUAGCAUUCCACACUGGCAAGCAGGACACAGUGUUAAACCUGACAGGCAAGAAAGCUGUAGUACGUCUGGUUGUUAUGGCUUACGUUGCUGGAACACAUUUUGUUUUAUUAUGUUAAAUGGUAAAGGUCUCUGAUUCAGACCUAACAAUCAUGUUGUUAUUUUAAGCUCUGCUGCAUGGACCUGCAACAUGCCGUACGUGGAAGGCCACGUCCA